GGGUCUACUAUGGCUAAGUUUGCGUGCACCCAUUUCAACAAAUCGCCAAUGAGGUCUAUUUGAGUAAUCAGCUCUCUCGAGACUCACAAUUAUAUCACAGUUAUAUAUCACAGCUUGCGGGUAAAUAUGACAAGAUCAUAAAUGUUCCACAUGUCUAUGUGUACCCUGAUAACUUAUUAUCAUUACUCUGAGGUUAGAAGUCUUACGGAGAAGGGUAUGUUCAUAUAACCGAUAAGACUGUGGCACAAUGUCUGGCAGACGUGGCCGUUUACUGAUGUCAUUGAAGGAUAGAUUGUGCAGGAAACCCAAGCUAUACCAUCGUAACAAGUCUACCAUGAUAUCCAGCAUUUCUUCGGAAGAUAUUCCUGCGACAGAAAUGUCAAGAAUUGAUUCUACUGUCCGUCCUUUCAAUGAAGUCCCUGGGCCGAAAUGUUACCCAUUUAUUGGAACAUUACCUUACUACCUACCAGGAGGCAGAUUUCAUAAAAAAGAACAUAAUGAAGUAUCCAAAAUUUUGCGGAAAGAAUUCGGAAAUUUGUACAAAGAAACUCUCCUUGGGGGAAAAACAAUGGUUCACACAUUUGACGCGGCAGACGUGGAAACUGUUUAUCGUAACGAAGGAAAGUAUCCUGUUCGGGAAGCAUUUAUGACCUUGGGGCAUUUCAACAAGAAGUUCCAGUCGAACAGCCAAGGUUUGCUGACGUCACAAAUGGAACGGUGGCAUCACCUACGAGUCAAUGUCCAGAAGAAGAUGCUCCUACCGAAGACUGUGGCGGCUUAUAUACCGGAACAUUGUCUGGUCGCUAAUGAUUUGAUGUGUCGGAUAGCAUCAUCCAAGGAGACAGACGGCAUCAUAGAAGACCUCCGACCUCAUUUAACAAAAUAUGCUGCAGAAUGUAUUGGUGUCGUCUGCUUCAACAAGAGGCUUGGUGCAUUCCUCGAUGGCGACAAUGCACUUGAGGCAUCUAGAUUUAUUAAAGCGGUUCAGGACGUCAUGCUGGUUUCUCAUUUGGAAGUUCGACAAUUUCCGCUUUUCAAGCUCUUCAACACACCUACAUUCAAUAAAUUUAUCAAAUCACAGACUAUAAUUAAAGAAAUCGCCAUUAAAUAUUCUAAUAUCGCCUUGGAAGCGGCCCAACAGAGACUAGAGGCCGGCGACAGUGUAGACGGGGAGCAUGGAGAUCUUGUACCUUAUCUCAUGUCAAAAUCCUCUCUGAGCAAUGAAGAUGUUCUCACUGUUAUUAGCGAAUUCAUAUUUGCUGGAGUUGACACGACGAGCCACCACCUAUCAUUCCUGCUAUAUCUAUUAGGACAACAUCCUCAUAUCCAGAACAAGCUAUACGACGAGAUCCGGACACACCUACCCACCAACGAAAGCCCGAUCACCGAAAAACAUAUCCGGAAUAUGCCAUAUCUAAAAGCGGUUGCCAAGGAAACUCACAGAUUGCUCCCUGUGGCUCCUGCACAUCUGCGCCAGACUAAUGUAGACACGGUCUUGUCGGGGUACCACAUCCCAGCAGGGACAACUGUCGCAAUGCAUUCGACUUUUAUUGGUCAGGAUGCCAAGGAAUUCCCUGAACCCGACGUAUUUAAACCCGAAAGAUGGAUACGGAGCAAUACAUCGCCGAAGAAAAACCAUCCCUUUGCGAUGACUCCGUUCGGAUUUGGCCCACGUGGUUGCAUCGGCAUGCGUUUUGCUGAGCAAGAGACACAAAUUGCAGUUAUAAAGAUUUUGCAGCGUUACCGGUUAGAGUAUGUUGGUGAGCCACUCCGACUUGAGGCCAGCAUAACGUUUAAACCUGCCAACAAGAUGGCGUUCCGUUUUACAAAACGAUUGUGAUCGACACGAAAUUGGAUUAAGUUUACUGGAACUUGACGUGAUAUAUUGUGAUUGUGGUAAUGAAACGUAUCAAUGCAUGUGUAAUAUUUUACCAGUGUUUCAUUCAGAAUAAUAAUGUCGUGGUUGUCAGUAUGAUGUUAUCAGAGAGUGUCAUUCUACCGUGGGAGUUCAGUGCAAUGGUGCUAUAUUCGUUUACUGCGUCUACGUAUGACAUUAACCGUUGAGGGAACGGCAAACACAGCUCAACAAAACACAACAAAACUCAUAAAAGCAUAAUACAGAUUACUAGACGUAUUCCAUCUAUAUAAUAGAUACAGUUUACUAGACAUAUUCUAUCUAUAUAACUAAUCUAGAUUACGAAAUGUAUUCCAUCGGUAUUACUUAAAGAUUACGAGACGUAUUCCAUCUAUAUUACUAAUACAUAAUACUAGGUGCAAUCCAUUAAUAUAACUAAUACAGAUUACUAGACGUAUUCCAAACUAAUACAGAUUACUUACUGCAUUUCAUCUAUAUUAUUAAGACAGAAGACUAGACGUAUUCAAUAUAUUUAGCUAAUACAGAUUAUUAGACGUAUUCCAUCUAUAUAAUUAAUACAGAUUACUAGACGCAUUCCAUCUAUAUAAUUAAUACAGAUUGGUAGACGUAUUCCAUUUAUAUCAUUAAUACAGAUUACUAGACGUAUUCCAUCUAUAUCAUUAAUACAGAUUACUAGACGUAUUCCAUCUAUAUCAUUAAUACAGAUUAUUAGACGUAUUCCAUCAAUAUAAUUAAUACAGAUUGCUAGACGUAUUCCAUUUACAUAACUAAUACAGAUUACUAGACGUAUUCCAUUUACAUAACUAAUACAGAUUACUUAGAUACUCGGUAAGUAUUCGGUAUGCAGACACAGACGAACGUUUUAAAGGACCUUCAGGUAAAUAAUGUAACAAAACAAGAUUAUAGAAAUAAUACAAAGCGAAACCAAUAGAAACAUAACUAGGUCUAAAGUAUUGAGAUACUACUAGGUAUACCAUGUUCAGUACUGCUAGGUCUGAAAUAUCUUGGAAAUAGUACGAGGUCUAAAAUCCAAUGAAAAUACUACUAAGUAUGAAAUAUAAUGGAAAUACUACCAGGUCUAAAAUACAAUGAAAUACUACUAGGUGUAAAAUAUCAUAGACAUACUACAAGGUCUAAAAUAUCAUAGACAUACUACAAGGUCUAAAAUAUCAUAGACAUACUACAAGGUCUAAAAUAUCAUAGACAUACUACAAGGUCUAAAAUGAAACGGAAAUACUACUUGGUAUGAAAUAACUUUGAAAUAUGACUAGGCUUAAAAUACCUGGAAAUACAACUUACAUGCAUUUAAUUUUCAGAUAAAAAUUACUAUGUAAAAAUUGACAUGAAAACACACAGAGUCUUUUGUUUGAAUUCCACCGCUAUUUUUCGUGGAAUUAUCAUAAUCGUUUAGUAUGUUGAAUGCGUGGUAUCUGAAAAUCAUCGCGAGUGCUCUCCCAUUAAUCACAUAGCUUCCUCUACACGACAAUUUUUUGUUAAGAAUAUUAAAGCCACAUAAGCUUUUAAAUACGUUUAUAUUGAUAGUUAAAACUGGAAUCAAUGUAGAAAGCGUACCUUGUUUCUUUUUGUGCAGGUCUUUUGUCUGUAAGGCUCGGGAAUUGUGAUGUGUACUAAUAAGGAGUACGAAUUCACUAGGUUAUUAAAACCGUUCAGCAGAUAAUUAUGAUAUAAUCUCGCAUGUUCCUUGAUCACAUCGAUAUGUCGGUUUUUAAACGACGUUUUACAGCUUGAUUAAAACGCAAACAUUUAUACAUACAUAUACGUAGCCAACGAAUUGUAUGCCAAUAUAAUUUCGAAACCGUAAAUAUACAAAGUAUGUGCUUAAUUGUCUUGGAGGCCACUAGGGGUAUGUAGUUUUACAGUCAACAAGAGAGAGAGAGACGGUAAUUAAAAAUUAAAUAGCUCUAUAUCUAACUUAUGACACAAUAUCUAGAGUAAUAAAGCGUUACGUAGUGAAUAUGUACAGCAUUAAAUGUUAUAAUGGUAUAUAUGGAUAUGUACCGUAAUAAGUGAUGACACAUUCCGAGAUGAAUAUGGCAGAAGAAUAGUUUAGGAUCUGAUUAACGACUUCUUAUCGGAAAAUUGAAAUUAAUAUUUACUCAUGAUCAAGAUAUGUAUUGAUGUGCAUACAUGGUAUGACUACAUGUAAUUGUCAUACAGAUUCAGAAAGAAUUGUUUACACAAAAAGCUUACUUUAUAUUAACAAAUGGCCAUGAUUAUUGUAUGUUACAAUUCCAUUAAUGACUUAUAAUUAGCUUAUAUCACUUUCAGAAAAUGGUUCUAGGAUGGUCAAGGAAGCGACUUUUAAUGAGUUGAUGUCUAAAUGUAGUCAUAAAUUGAUAAAUAAGAAAAAUGAACCGAACAAAGAAGGCAGUGCCCAUUGCCGAAAUAGAUAAUUAAGUAUACUGAUAUUUUUUGUGGCUUUGUACCUUUCUUCAAAGAUACCCAAACAUCCCAAAUUUAAUGCAAGAAAUAUUAUAUAUAAUUGAAUUAGUGAUCUCCCUCUCUGUGCUUUUACUGAUUGUUUUUUUUUUCUUAUUGCCUUUAGGAUUUAGGAAUAGAUUAAUCGUUAUUAUUAGCAUCGCUAUGUAUAAAGUAACGUAAGUUCAGAUCUCUAAAAUUAAAUUCACUUUGAGAAAGCUAGAUUUUAAUAUCAUAAUUUUGGAGGUGAAUAAGAUCAUGAAAAAGGCUGACUUAUAUACACCGUAUAUUACUUAUGUAAUUAUGAUACCGAAAGAAAAAAGAAACGCAUUUAGAUAUUACAACGGGAAAUAAAAACGAUGCCAUAGAAUGUAAUAAUGGUGCUAUUGAAAGAUAAGGAACAUCUAUAUCGUCUGAAUUUAAUCCAUGUACAUUUUAUACCCUCGUCAUCAGGUCAAUCCGAGGGUACCCCUCACAAAAUGUAAAGUGUUCUGUGUCCAUCAAUAUCGUCAAUAUUUAUUAUGUUGUGAUUCUGUUUGCAAAUAGCUAAUUUAUAUUUCGUACGCUACAACUUCGCCUCAAUCACAUAGGUCCUGGGAAUUGAGAAACAUAUGUACAUGAAUCUAAGUUACUCAAAUACACCCCUGGAAUAAUAUCGAAUAAGAUCAUUUCUGUGUCGUAUUUAAGUAGCUACACAUACACAAUGUACAAAUUAACAUAACAUUGACAACAUCAAAAAAAGAUAAUUCGUGCCAGAGACAAUAUACUCGUUGAGCAUAACUAUGUUAAAGAAAUUCUUUUGACAUUUGCCGCUUUGAUAUAUUUGGCCAAUCCUUUGGUAUUUUGUCCGUUAAAUAAUUGUAUCAAUUUAAACAUACUUGUUUUUUUUUUAAAAAGUAACUUUUCAAAUAUUUCUUACGAAUAUCAUAAUAACAUGGGCAUUUUAGAAUGAAAUGAAAUUCAUCCUCGACAUCAUUUAAAUAACAUACAGUACAAAUUCUUAAGUGUCGCUGGAUAUUUUGAUAACGACCUUUUUCUACAUUUAAAUCAUGCGCUGACAGUCGACACUUUCCCUAAUGGUUUUCUCAAAUAACUCUGAAUACCAAAUUCAUUGUUAAGACAUGUUUAAAAAAAGCUUCGCGGUUUAUUUAGAGUACACUGUGUUUUUUUUAAAUAUUAUUUCUCCAUAACAUAAACAAAUAUUAAAGUUAUUCCUUAAAUACACCUAUUUUAAUGGUGUCUCAUGAUUGUUAUGAUUUUAUCUUAUAUAUAUAUAUAUAUAUAUAUAGUUAUAUAUUGCUUUUUUACAUGAACUAUUUUAGUUGAUACUGUGUUUUGUGUUAAGAGUUCUUUACAUUUAUAAAGAACACAAAACAUGAUAGAAUUUAUGUAUAAUUCGUAGACAUCGUAGAUUUCAGCUUUAAAUAUAGUUUUGUUUACAUGUU